AAUUAAUUGCAUUUGGAAUGUUACCUAAACGGCAAGGUCCCAUAAAUCUCACCACGUGGACAGAGAGACGAUGUCGUUUUCACGAGAUUGAACGUCAAAUCUCGAUUUCAAAAACCCUAACAGGGAUUUCGAAUGCACAUCUCUGGAGGUGAGUGAUCUCGAGUUAGUAUGGCGCGGAGAUCGCCGCCGCAGAUUCCGGCGUCACGUCGCGGCGUCGUGUCGUUUCGAUGGAAGCUAAUCGCUGCACUCUCCGCCUCUCUAUGCGUACUAGCUCUCUUCAGUAUCUACCACCGUGAGUCUCGUCCGGUGAGAUCCCGAAUCCCGCUCCAGAAAUACUCGGGCGAGCGUCCGAAGAUGGCGUUCCUUUUCCUCGCUCGCCAUGACCUGCCUCUCGAUUUCCUCUGGGACAGAUUCUUCAAGGGCGGAGAUGAGAGGAACUUGUCAAUCUAUGUACAUUCAACACCUGGUUUCGUAUUCGAUCAAGGCACCACUCGAUCACACUUCUUCCACAAUCGCCAGUUGAAGAAUAGCAUCGAGGUGGUAUGGGGAGAAGCAAGCAUGAUUGCAGCAGAGAGAUUGUUGCUUGCAUCCGCCUUGGAAGAGCCUUCUAAUCAAAGAUUUGUUCUUUUAUCUGAUAGCUGUGUUCCUUUAUACGACUUUGGUUACAUCUACACAUAUCUUAUGUCUUCACCCAAAAGCUUUGUUGAUAGUUUCCUUGAUACUAAAGAUCAGCGCUACACCAUGAAAAUGUUUCCUGUCAUACCCAAAGAGAAAUGGCGAAAAGGAUCUCAGUGGAUAUCAUUGAUCAGAAGCCAUGCAGAGGUCAUUGUUAACGACGAUACUGUGUUCCCAGUUUUUCAGAAAUUUUGCAAGCGAUCUCUACCUCUGGAUCCCAGUAACAAAUGGCUAUAUCUUAAACACAGACGUCACAACUGCAUCCCUGAUGAACACUACGUUCAAACUCUACUUACAAUGCGUGGCUUGGAAAGUGAAAUGGAACGGAGAACAGUGACUUACACAACAUGGAACCUAUUAGCCAAAAAAGCUGAAGCCAAAUCUUGGCAUCCUCUCACUUUCACAUCUGACAACUCCGGAGCAAAGGAAAUAGAAGAGAUAAAGAAAAUCAACCAUGUAUACUAUGAAACAGAGUAUCGAACAGAAUGGUGCCGGGCUAAUUCAAAACCCGUCCCUUGCUUUCUCUUUGCGAGGAAGUUCACUAGAGGAGCCGCAAUGCGUCUUUUGAGUGAAGGAUUAGUAGAAUCAUCAACUGAUACAACCACCACCUCUUGAAUGCAAAACACAAAGGUAAAAAAGUUACAAAACUAAGAGAGACAGAAACCCAAAACUGACACCAGAAAGGGUUUAACUUAGAGCAUACACAAAUGGAGCAUACGCAAAUGAAGCAUACAGAUUACAAAGAUAGUACAUUAAUUAAUCAGUGGUUUUUUAUAAACCGCAGUCGUUAUGUAUUUCCUUUUUUGGUAUUUUAUAUGUAUUUUAAAUAAACCGGCAAUUCAUGGGCUUCUUAUACAAAAUUUACAAUACAAAUGUUUCGGGAAACCA